GCCUGGCAACCAGGUGGCAGCGUCCCUAGAGCCGGGACCACACAGCUGCGCCCUGCCCCGCCAGCCUCUCCCCUCCCUGGCCUGGCCUGCCGGACCCCUGGGCCCCUGUCCUAUUCCCCUAGACUAGGACAGCUGGUGCCCCCCCGUCCAUCGCAAUGAGCAUUGUUCUCUCCAGGAACAGCCAGGUGCGGGUGAUGGAGAACACAGUGACCAAUGCCGAGAAGUACUUUGGCCAGUUCUGCUCACUGCUGGCCGCCUACACCCGCAAGACGGCCCGGCUGAGGGACAAGGCCGACCAGCUGGUCAAACAGCUCAUCGACUUCGCCAACACCGAGAACCCUGAGAUGCGGGCCACCGUGAGGAACUUCGCUGAGGACCUGGCCAAAGUGCAGGAUUAUCGGCAGGCCGAGGUCGAGAGGCUGGAGACCAAGGUCAUCCACCCCAUGAAACUCUAUGGGGCGCACAUCAAGCAGACACGGGCCGAGAUCAAGAAAUUCAAGCAAGUCCAGAAGAACGAGAUCAAACAAUUGGAAAAGCUGGAGAAACUGAGGCAGAAGUCCCCUUCGGACAGGCAAAUGAUUACCCAGGCAGAGACAAGUGUGCAGAGGGCCUCAGUGGAUGCCAGUCGUACCACCCACCAGCUGGAGGAGAUGAUCGACACCUUCCAGAAGCAGAAGCUGAAGGACCUACAGAAAAUCCUUUCCGACUUUGUCACCAUUGAGAUGGUUUUCCACGCCAAAGCGGUGGAGGUCUAUUCCAGCGCCUUCCAGAGCCUGGACAGCUAUGACCUGGAGAGAGACCUGGAGGAUUUUAGAGCCAAGACGCAUGGGGUUUAUGGACAUCACGAUGCCCGGCCACUCAAGGAUACCACCCCCUCCCCAACUGUCCCGUGGUCUCUCGCUGGCCAGAGCACUCAGACGGCCAUACAGAGCCAGAGGGGAGAGGAGGAGGAGAGCACGGACCACUCUGCGGAGGAGGACCCCGUGGAGGACCUCACGGGGCAGGGGCAGACGCCCCAUCCAGAGGGCCAGAGCUCCCCAGUCUGAAACAUAGGGGCUGGGGGUGGGCUGGGGGCUCCGCUGCAUCCCCCCCACCCCCCCAGGUGAGUCUCAUGUUCUCUGAGCCUGUUUCCUUGUCCGCACAACAGGGGCAAUCUCGCUCACCUCACACGUCACUCUGGGGAUCCAUGGGCUUAGCAUGGUGCCUGGUGCCUCAUAGGUGCUCAAUAAACGUGGAGUGCG